CUCAAACGGGGCGCAGGCUGUGGUCACCUCCCUAGGAAGCUCCGAAGAUCCAGCCACGCCGCCCCUCUCAGGUGCAGAAAGCCAGCUUCCCCAAGCCCGCUGGGAAGACUCCUGACUAUCCUCUCGGUCCCGGCAUCUGAGGGCAGGAGCUGCGCCAGGCGUGCGCGAUAGACAGUGGAGAACACCCUCACCGGACCGCCCGUCCGCUGCCCGGACCCAGACUCAGCGCCGCACAUUCCUCCCGGGGGGGGGCCCGGCGCAGUCACGCGCGCACCCCACUUGCGCUCACACGCGCGCAAGGCUCACGCUCUCCGCCCCGCACACCUGCGCUCCGCCCCUUGGUCCUGGGCCGGCGACCGGCAAAAGCAUUUGGGAAGCCAGGGCACUUGCGGAGGCGCCCAUCUCCUCCCUUACCCAGGGCCGGAGUUGUCCUAAGCCUGCCGCCGCUCCCAACCACCCGGCAUCCCUCUCCAUCCUUCCCUCCCCCCCGCCGGCCGUGGCACCGGUAUCCGCAGCCACAGCCCGGAGCCGGUGAGGCGGCGAAGGGGGGAGGGGGAGGAAUCAAGGGAUGAGCUCCGGGAGGGCGUCGGGGACCCUGAGCCGGACUAGGAAACCCCUGGAGCCGGAACCCGAGGAGAACCCGGAGCCAGAACCAAAUCACCGCUGCAGCCCCCUAAACCCAGGAGGCGCCCUGGCCCGCGCUCGCCCCCCAGGGCCUCAUGUCGGAACCACAGCCUGACCUGGAGCCGCCCCAGCAUGGGCUGUACAUGCUCUUCCUGCUUGUGCUGGUCUUCUUCCUCAUGGGCCUCGUAGGCUUCAUGAUCUGCCACGUGCUCAAGAAGAAGGGCUACCGGUGCCGUACGUCGAGGGGCUCAGAGCCUGACGACGCCCAGCUUCAGGCCCCUGAGGACGAUGACAUGAAUGAAGACACAGUAGAGAGGAUCGUUCGCUGCAUCAUCCAAAAUGAAGCUAAUGCUGAGGCCUUGAAGGAGAUGCUGGGGGACAGUGAAGGAGAAGGGACAGUGCAGUUGUCCAGCGUGGAUGCCACCUCCAGCCUGCAAGAUGGAACCCCCUCCCAUCAUCACACAGUGCACCUGGGCUCUGCAGCCCCUUGCAUCCAUUGCAGCCGCAGCAAGAGGCCCCCACUUGUCCGUCAGGGCCGCUCCAAGGAAGGAAAAAGCCGCCCCCGGACUGGGGAGACCACCGUGUUCUCUGUGGGCAGGUUCCGGGUGACACAUAUUGAGAAGCGCUAUGGGCUGCAUGAGCGUCGUGAUGGCUCUCCCACGGACAGGAGCUGGGGUUCUGGCGGGGGGCCAGACCCAGGGGGUGGCCACGGGUCUGGGGGAGGACAGCCCAGGGCAGGGAUACCUGCCAUAGAGAGGCUGCCCCCUGAGAGGCCACAGCCCCCAGUCCUAGCAAGCCCCCCAGUGCAGAAUGGAGGACUCAGGGACAGCAGCCUAGUCCCUUGUGCACUUGAGGGGAAGCCUGGAGCCUCUGCAGAGCCAACACCGAAGACUGGAAGGAGGGGCCCCAGCCCAGGGCUGCCCACUCAAGAGGCAAAUGGACAGCCAAGCAAACCAGACACCUCAGAUCACCAGGGGUCUCCACCACGGGGAGCAGGAGGUAUGUGAGCCUCAUUCUUCAUUGCGCUGAUGGACUACAAGCUGGCAGGGCCGGGGGUGGGUGGGCAUGAAGGCCCUCCCCUCCACUGGACAGCACUGCUCCCCAGCUGAGGGACCAGCUCUAUUUCCACCUGGAGUUGCACGGUCUCAGGCUGGGGGACCUCAGGAGAGGCUCCCCCAUCCCUAGCCCCUCACUCUCUUUCCUUUUCCCUGCCUGCCAACAGGCUGCCUGACCUGCCUUCCCCAACACCUUGCUCCAUAUGCUAGAGCGUGGCAGCUGGGAGCAGGCCCCUGCCCUUGGUGGGCCCCUAAAGCAAUAGCACCUUAGGCCCCCUGCCCUCUUGGCACAAGAGGCCCAGGCUCUUGCUUGGCCUUCGUGCCCUUUAUUCACUGUCAAUAAAUCCGCUCAGACCAUUA